UCGAUUAUUCUUUUACCUCUACCUGUGCGCUGCAGAUAAAAUUUGUUUAUUCUCCGGGCUACGUCGACUUAAAAAAUAAGAAGGUGCAUUAGUACUUCCUAAAAAUCCGGCAAAUUAAAAUGUCGUCCUUCGAUGGGGCUCCGGAAAGCAAAAGGCCACGUCCUGAAAGCAGCAGUAACGGCAACAUGGACCAAAAUGGAUCGGCGACCGGUGCCGGAGGCGAUUCUCGUGAUAAAGUUGCGCUGAUAACAGGCAUAACGGGCCAGGAUGGCUCCUAUUUGGCGGAGUUCCUACUUAAAAAGGACUAUGAGGUGCACGGCAUCAUUCGACGGGCUAGCACCUUCAACACCACACGUAUCGAGCACCUUUAUGCCGAUCCCAAGGCGCACAAGGGUGGCAGAAUGAAGCUGCACUAUGGCGACAUGACCGACAGCAGCAGUCUGGUCAAGAUUAUCAAUAUGGUGAAGCCCACGGAGAUCUAUAAUUUGGCGGCACAAUCCCACGUCAAAGUCUCCUUUGACCUCAGUGAGUACACAGCGGAGGUUGAUGCCGUGGGCACGUUGCGCAUUCUAGAUGCUAUCCGUACUUGUGGCAUGGAGAAAAAUGUUAAGUUUUACCAAGCCUCUACUUCGAGCUGUAUGGUAAAAGUAGUAGAAACGCCCCAAAACGAACAGACACCGUUCUAUCCUAGAUCUCCAUAUGCUUGCGCCAAGAUGUACGGCUUCUGGAUAGUUAUUAACUACCGGGAGGCCUAUAACAUGUUUGCCUGUAAUGGGAUCCUCUUCAAUCACGAGAGUCCCCGUCGUGGGGAGAACUUUGUAACCAGGAAAAUCACCCGAAGCGUUGCCAAGAUAUAUCACAAACAAAUGGAGUAUUUUGAGCUCGGCAAUCUAGACUCCAAGCGCGACUGGGGACAUGCCAGCGAUUAUGUGGAGGCCAUGUGGAUGAUGCUGCAGCGGGACUCGCCUUCCGACUACGUAAUUGCCACGGGGGAAACUCACAGUGUUCGCGAAUUUGUGGAGGCCGCGUUCAAGCAUAUUAAUCGAGAGAUAAAGUGGCAGGGUAAGGGUGUGGACGAAGUGGGCGUGGAGAGCAGCACAGGUGUUGUACGCGUUCGCAUCAAUCCAAAGUAUUUUCGGCCAACGGAGGUAGAUCUGCUGCAAGGCGACGCCUCUAAGGCCAACCGGGAGCUCAACUGGACACCAAAAGUAAGCUUUGUGGAGCUGGUCAGCGACAUGAUGAAGGCCGAUAUUGAAUUAAUGAGGAAAAACCCCAUUGCCUAGGGCCUGGAAGCCCAGAUUGGGUGUUAGUACGGCACAAAGCUCUCUGCCCGUUUGCGGAGCUAUCCAAUAACCAUAAUUCUAAGCGAAGCGUGAUUAGUGAUCACUGUAUUUGAUUUGUCAUCGCUGUGUAUGUAUUUCUGUAUUAUCUUGGGGAUUUGCAAUCAUUCCUUUUUAUACUUUGCCGCGUACGUUCAUGUUCUGUGUGUGAUCCUAAUUGUUUUUAUACACUUUACCAAAUCUAACGAAUAUUUGCAAUAAAUACGUUUAAACUAGA